AGACAGUCGGCACUAAGGAAUGAAAAUGGCGUCGCGUGUACGGUGCCGAUGAUUUUCGUUACGUUACAUUAUCUUUUGUGCAUAAUACAAGCGAAACGUGAGCGAUGUUUCUUAUUUAAAGGUGGAAAGUUUCGCGGAAUCCUGUAUGAGAUAUCGUUUAAUAACAUCACUGGCGUAGCGUCAUAAUUUCGGUGUAACUCGCGCGACGACGAUCGUGUGUGUGAGAGAAUCAGGGAAAAAGUACUGUUUUGCGUAUGGCUUUUAAAUCGCACGGACAGUUCCGCCUCGCCGAUAUACGUGUUCUCGGUGGCGAACGUCGUUGACAUGACGAAAGACGCGUGUUUCGUUCUCGUGCAUCAUGAAACCACGAUGAGCUAUGUGCUUUGACGUACACGAGUGAAAUCUAGUUUCGUUCAAAGACUCGCAAAGGUGUGGAGACGUCGUGCGUGUUGGCCACCAUGGCGGUGAAUCCGCGUGAUAUGGACGGUUUUAUGCCGCUCCUGUCAACGACUGACAUCAAGAAAAAGUUAAACGUUGGUAGUUUGCUGUUGAAUUACUUGGGAGAUGCGACCAAGAGCAUCGAGUGUCAAGACAUCGGACAGUUUAUCGACAACAUCAUACCAUGGUUGAGCAACGGCAACCCCAAGGUCGUGCAGAAUGGUUUAGAAAUCCUCACGUUUCUCGCGGAUCGAAUGGGUCACGACUUCAAGCCUUACAUUUCCACUAUUAUUCAGCCAACGAUAGACAGACUAGGUGACAGCAAGGAUGCGACACGGGAAAAGGCGCAACUGGUGCUUCUCAAAAUAAUGGAGAAAGGGUGUAUGUCUCCUCAACAACUCUUGGACAGACUGCGACCGGCCUUUAGUCACAAAAAUGCAAAGUUACGAGAGGAAGCACUGAUUCUACUAACCACGACGUUGAACGAGCACGGCGCUGAUGAAAUGAUACUGUCCGGAGUGAUUCCAAGUAUCGUGAAAUUAUUAUCGGAUCCAUCCGAAAAAGUGCGAGAAACUGCUUUAAACACAUUGGCGGAUAUCUACAGACACGUUGGUGAAAGAUUACGAGUGGAUUUGCAGAGAAAGCACAAUGUACCGCAAGCUAAAUUGCUGUUGCUGAUAGAAAAAUUCGAUCAGCUGAAAGCCGCUGGCGACUUGCUGCCUCUGGCCAUGUCUUCGGACGUUGGCAAAACCACCGAUGAAACGGACAGAGCGAUUAAAUCGGCUCCUGUGAAAAGGUUAGCUGCUGCUGCUGCUGCUGCUCCUCCGAAAAGAGGACAAUUCGGUCCUGCGAAAGCUCCAUCUUCAGCUCUAGCUCAGCCUGGUAAUAAAUCUUCCAUGGUUCCAAGGGCUACGACCGUCAAACGAAACGUGUCAGUAAAACCGACACCAGGUCAAGCUGGCGCCGUCGACGAGGAAACUUUCCUUACAGCGUUCGAAGAUGUGCCAUCUGUAAAUUUGUUUUCCGCAAAAGAUCUCGAAGAGCAGAUGAAAAUCAUAAGAGAAAAUGUUGGUGACGAUAAAAAAGAUUGGAAACAAAGGACAGAGAGUAUGAAAAAAUUAAGAGCAAUCGUUAUAGCGGGCGGUACGAAUUACGAAAACUUUUUAGAAAACUUGAAAAGCGUGCAAAGAUCUUUCGAAGUUGCUUGCACGGAUCUUAGGUCGCAAGUGGUAAGGGAGGCGUGCAUUACCUUAGCGUUUCUUAGUCAACAGUUAAAAAAUAAAUUCGCUAGUUUUGGAGAAGCAGUCUUACUCACCUUAAUGAACCUCAUACAAAAUAGUGCCAAGGUUGUGGCAACAGCUGGUGCCGUAGCCGUGAGGUUUAUUCUUCAGAAUACGCAUUACAGUCGUUUCGUGCCAAUUAUCACAUCCUGUUUAAGUCACAAGAGCAAAGACAUACGUCGAGCAUCGUGCGAAUAUCUAAAUCUAAUUUUACAAAUAUGGCCUACUCAAAUAUUACAGAAACACUUGACCAUCUUACAAGAUACGAUCAAGAAAGGUAUCGCCGACUCGGAUUCGGAAGCAAGAGCCUUUGCCAGGAAGUCAUAUUGGGCAUUCAAAGAUCAUUUUCCGGAACAAGCAGAGGCAUUGCUCAACAGCCUCGACACCGCGUACAAACGCUCGUUGAUGUCCCUUAGCAAUAGCGGCAGCAUUAACAGUCUGAACGUAGUGACGAGAUCGGCCAGCGUUAGUCCUCGAACAUCCAGACCAGUGAUGAGCGCCACAGGUAGUACGGAAAAUUUGCAUCAGUCUUCGGGUCAACCCCAUGGCCCGCUCAGACGAACUCCCUCCUUGCCACGGUCUUAUCGUCAGUCUGGUAUUCCAGUUCUCCAAAGACCCACUGAUAGUCAUUAUCGUGCAACUCCGGGCGUUAGAUCUACUAGCGCGAUAGAUUUGCAAGCCGCGCAAAGAGCUAAAGCGAGAAUGAUGUACGCGAAUAUGAGCAGACAGAAAGCGUCCCUUCCACGACCUAGCAAAUCACCGGACACAACCGCCGUUGCUAGUCCAGAAAGAACCGCGAGAACAAGGACCAGAGUAUCCGGAGUGUCGCAAUCUCAGCCUAGCAGCAGAUCGGGAUCACCGUCCUCGAGACUCAGUUAUGCAACGUACAAUCGCGAAGGAGAAUCGUUAAUCGCAAGACCUAGACGGUUAUCCGGCCACGGGAUCAGAAGUACCGGUAACAGUCGUGAACCAAGCCCGCAAAGAUUUGGAAUGGAUAGAAGUUUCGCGAGCAAAAUACGGGGAAGAAGUUUACAUAUGUCUCCGACGGACAGGCCUCAAUCCAGACCAGUUAUGGCACAAAAGAUGCUGCAGCAGUCGCGUGAAGCGGAAUCAGCGUUGGCGGACGCGCUUACCUUCGAAAAUAUCGACAAUUACCCAAGAACACCGAGAGGAAAGGGCGAUCACAGCGAUGACAGUGAAACCAGCAGCAUAUGCUCCGAACGAAGUAUGGACAGCUUUAGGCGACCAAACGAUGAUAUCAAGGAAAUCAUAGAGAAUUGCGCGCAUAAACAUUGGGGCGAUAGGAAAGAAGGUUUAGUCGGAUUGCAACAUUUUCUGUCAAAUGGAAAUACGCUUACAGCCACGGAAUUGCGCAAAGUAACAGACAUCUUUACGAAAAUGUUCAUGGAUUCUCAUACGAAAGUAUUCAGUUUAUUUUUGGACACACUGAAUGAAUUAGUAGCUACUCACAGCGAAGAUCUCGGUGACUGGCUUUAUGUUUUGUGUGCUCGACUUUUGAAUAAAUUAGGCACCGAUUUACUUGGCUCGAUACAAGCGAAAAUACACAAAACGCUCGAGGUGGUUAGGGAAUGCUUCCCCGGAGAGCAACUUUUGCCGGCUGUAAUGAGGUAUCUGACGGAUCCAACGCAAACGCCAAAUUCUCGUGUAAAAAUAGCCACACUCGUGUUUAUCACGCAAAUAGCAGAAACGGCAGAACCGUCUGCUCUUAUUAACUCUGCUGGGACGGCGCUCGCAAGGUUACUCGACUGGUCGAACGAUGUUAAAAGCCAAGAUGUCAGGAGGCAUGCACAAAAUGCUGUUAUAUCGCUGUAUAAUUUGAAUCCUCCGAAAGUCACUAUGAUAUUAGCUGAAUUACCCAAGUAUUAUCAGGAGGCGGCACUGCCUUUAGUGCAAAAUCACUUGAGGAAAUCGUCGGGUUCGAGUAAUCCCGCGUCCCCUGGAACUCCGCCUCCUAGGGCGCAGAGCUCACCAGCUCGUUCGAAAGGUAAAGGUGACAUUGACAAUGCGGAUGAAAACUUGGAAGAAGUUUAUAAAUCUUUAAGGCGUACGACGGCGGAGAUACAAAAUUAUGGUUUCGAACGUUUAGAAAGAGCAACUACCAGCAAAGACAGCGGAAUCAGCAAUAUGGCUGAUGUCGAGGAAAAGAUGGAAGGACUUACAUUAUGCAACUCGGGUCGUUCGUCUUCUGUUUCUUCGCCCACGCAAAGGGGACGAUCUGUGACUAACAUUACAGUUAAUGGUUCAAGCGAUACGAUCGCCGGGGAUCUUAUCCUACCUCAGGAAAAUAAUGGUUACAAAACGCAUGGGUCAUCACCCGAUUCGAUAAAAAGGCCAGAAGUUUUAGAUAAUAUGAUUAAAACGUUACAAUCCAAGAUGACACAAACCGAAGAAAAAGUAUCGGCUCUACAAGAAUUUCAAUUGUACGUUCGCGAAGGAGAUGCUUUGUACAUUAAACAGAAUUUCAAAAAGCUGCUCAAAACGUUGUUAGAUAGUUUGACCAACGAUAGCAAGAAAAUGCAAGUAGAAGUACUUCAAACUUUAAUCGAUAUGCUUAAAUGUCCAGAACUUGUCGACAGUUUUUCCGUCUAUCCUGAAUUGCUGGUUUUAAAAGUAAUUAACGCGUAUAAAUUAGACGACCAGAAACAAGAUUCUUCCACUAGUAGCAAUUCAAGAUCUCCAGUUCUCUGGAUGGCGGAAAAAUGUGCUGCAACGAUAGCGAUGGUUCUAAAGCCAGAACAAGUGAUUCACCUAGUAUCGACUAUAAUAACUACCGAACCAUAUCCCCUGAAUAUGGGCGCGAUAAAAAUGCUUCACAAGGUUGUGGAACAUUGGGGUCGCGAUGCGAUAGAACCUCAUUUGUCGAAAGUCAUGCCCGGUCUCAUCAAAGCGUACGAUGACAAUGAAAGCGCGGUACGUAAAAGCGCCGUGUUUUGUAUGGUAGCGAUACAUUUGGCAGUUGGCGAAGAAUUGUUGAAACCUCAUCUCAGCUGCUUGUAUACCAGCAAACUGAAGCUUUUAAACAUUUACAUACAACGCGCGCAACAAGCGAACAGUCAGCCGGCAAGCCCACGUAGCAAUAGUAAAAAUUAACUAACAUCAAACUCCGCGACGCUUAGGAUCGCGAUACUUAAGAGAUUUGCCCGUUUGAGUGCAAGGCAUGAACGAAUGCUGGUUAGCUUCCUCAGUAAGUCGAAUCCGUGAUGGCUACGAUCGAGCAGUAAAACGAUACAUGUCGAUGUUUUUCAAUACGAUAGACUGAUCUACAUGAUUUCACGGCAAGGUGUAUUAACGGCAUACCUGAACUCCUGACAGUGAUGUUGCACAAAGACAGGUAGUAUGCAAGUUAUUUACGCGUAUUGUUUCGUUUACGGAAAAUCUAUGCCUGUUUCAAAGACAGAAUCGCUUUAGAUAUAAGGUUCAUUGAGUCAUAAUACACAUGUAUUUUUUAUCGAUACGUUACAUCCUGAUAUUAAGUUGCAGCGUUGUUUCUUAUUUUAAGAAAAGGGGGA